AUGAGCACUUCUUCUUCCAUGGCCUUUCAGUUAGGAGCUUCUUCCUCUCUCUCAUUCUCUUCUUCUUCCAUUCGUAGAUGGACUCACGAUGUAUUCUUGAGUUUUAGAGGUGAGGAUGUUCGCCAAAACUUUAUUUCUCAUCUAUACCAUGCUUUGCAUCAAAGGGGAAUCAACACUUAUAUAGACAACAAUCUCGAAAGAGGAGAGGAAAUUUCGUCAGAACUUUCCAAAGCAAUUGAAGGAUCAAUGAUUUCUAUCAUUGUACUCUCUAAGAACUAUGCAGAGUCUCGAUGGUGUUUAGAUGAGCUAUUGAAGAUCCUCGAGUGUAAGGAAAUGGUAAAACAAAUUAUUUUACCCUUGUUCUACGAUGUAGAUCCGUCAGAGGUACGACAUCAAAAAGGGAGUUUUGGAGAAGCAUUUGCCAAACUUAGAUAUAAGUUGAAGGAUGAAGUAAAGGUCACAAAGUGGGAGGCAGCUUUGGAAAAAGUAGCCAAUUUGUCCGGACUCGAAUUAGGGGACAGGAAUGAAUCAGAGUUUAUUCAAGACAUCAUUAAAUGGGUGGAUUCAAUAAUGGUAAAUCGUACAUUUCUUAAGGUUGCUAAGCAUCCAGUUGGAAUAGAGUCCCCCGUACGAGACAUUUUUCAACAUUUAAAUAUGGGAAGGAAUGAUAUUAUAUGCAUGAUAGGGAUAUUUGGAACCGGUGGAAUUGGUAAGACAACUAUUUCAAAAGAGGUCUAUAACAGGAUUUCUUACCAAUUUGAAGGAAGUUGUUUCUUGAAAAACAUUAGAGAAACUUCAAAAGUAGGAGGUCUGAUCCAGCUACAAAAGACACUUCUUUAUGAGACUUUGGGAAUAAGUUUGGAAUGUCAUGAUACUGAAAAAGGCAUCAAUGUAAUUAGGCAUAGACUUUGCUUUAAAAGAGUUCUCCUAAUUCUUGAUGAUGUGGAUGACUUGGUUCAACUAGAAACAUUGGCUGGAGCUCGUGAUUGUUGGCAUGCUUUUGAGGAAGACAAACCUAUUGAAGAUUAUGUGGAACUCUCUAAGCAAGGAACAAACAAUGUGGAGGGGAUAGAAGUGAGUCUGCCUGAGGGCAAUGAUCAUGACAUGAUACGCUUGAGUCCCAAAUCAUUUGCAAAGAUGAAAAGACUCAGAUUUUUUAAAAGCCAUGGUGCAUACUUUUCUGGAAGAUCACUUGAUUAUCUUUCUAAUAAAUUAAGAGUGCUUGAUUGGUCAAAUUGUCCUUUACAAUCUUUGCCAUCUAAUUUCCGUGGAGAGAAGCUAUUUGAUUUCAAACUAUAUAGAGGCCGCAUCCAGGAGAUUAGCGGGCAAUUUAAGAACUUGACGAGAAUGAGAUUUUUCAAGUGUAAGUUCUUAACCAAAAUCUCAAAUCUUUCGAGUUGCUCAAGUUUAAAGGAAUUGGAUAUUAUGGAUUGUGAAAAUUUAGUCGGAGUUCAUGAUUCUGUUGGAUUCCUAGAUAAGCUUGCUCGUUUGCGUCUUUAUCAAUGCUCCAACAUGAAGAGUUUUCCAAGGCGUCUCAAGUUGAGAUCUCUAGAAGUCCUUACACUUCUUAGGUGCUCAAAACUUCAAACCUUUCCAGAAAUCGAGUGUAAAAUGGAAUAUUUAUGUUGCAUCUCAUUAUUCGGCACUCCAAUAAAAGAAUUGCCUUCAUCCAUUGGAUACCUCACUCCUGCGCUUAAAGAGUUACUUUUGGGACAAUGCACCAAACUUAUGCAUCUCCCUAGUACUAUUCAUCAAUUGCAAAAUCUAAAGGUGAUAAUUCGUCUCAAUGACUGUAUUAAUGGAUGCUGCAAGGACCUGAUGCGUCUCCCAAUCAGCUUUUCUCACUCGCAACAUCUAACGAGUCUUUCUAUAGAAAAUUUUACAAAUUUUGCAAAAGAAGAAAUAGGUUUAUCCUUUGGGUACUACAUUGGGCUUAAAAAUUCACUGAUCCUAACUUCAUCCAGAACGAUUAAGAGGUCUGAACCAGAAUCAAGUGCUGAAUUACGACGACAACUCUUGUCGCCGCUUUAUUGGUAUCUUGACGACUUCUCAUUUUAUACUUCAUCCACUUUGCAAGAGUUAGAUAUAUCUUGGACUGCAGUUGUCAGCCUUCCUCCGAGAAUGAAAAUAUGUGUUGAAUUGAGGAUUCUCAAAUUGUGCCAUUGUGAGAAACUUCAAGAAAUUCUACAUCUUCCACCAAAUAUACAAGAGCUAUAUGUCAGAGAGUGUUUCUCCUUGGAACGAUUCCCAGAAGUAUCAACAAAAUUUCAAUUCUCUACAUCCUGUGGCUUGCGAGAGCUAAGAUGGAUUGACUUGUCCGGUUGCCAUAAAUUGGUAGCAAAUAUAGGGAGUCAAGUGCCAAAUCCUUCAUUUGUUGAGGAACAUAUUCAAGACCAUUCAUGUGGUAUUAUAUUUCCAGGGAAUAAGAUUCCAGAUUGGUUUAGCCAUACUAAGGAGAUUUCAAAUGGUGAUGAUUCUUGUGAAUUGGAUAUUAGUGGUCCCUUGUAUUUGGAAGAGAUCAUAGGUAUUGUUUUUUGUGCUGUUCUUGGAUCCGACCCGGAUUACCCCUUGGGGCCCUUCUCCGGUAUUUGUGUUUCUAUAAAUGGUAACAUGCUUGUAGAAGCGAGGUUUUACUUAUAUGGAGGCUCGGAUCAUGUAUAUCUAAAUUACUCGUUUCCAGAUUGCAUCGAGCAAUUGCUGCGGUACCCAACAGAAGACAAUCUGAGGUUUAGAUUUUAUUGUGAUUCUUAUAAAGUGGUGUUUAAAAGUUGCGGAGUUCACAUAAUCUAUAAGCAUGAAGAGAAUGUGAAUUUAACAGUUGGGGAGUGCUUAGUAGAUUCAUCGAAUGGUAUCCAGCUUUCUAAGAGACGUCGAGAUGAUGAAGACAGCAACUUGGAAUUCAAUGGGUACCCACAACACAAGAGACUCUCUCAAGACUUGGGCAAUUCAAAUGCAACAUAG